CAAAAGGUCGCAGCCAGGCCAACCAGUCACACAGGAUGGAUCUCAAUGACAUUUUCACUUCGGAACUUUUCUGAUAUAAAAGGGCCUCCCAAGGAGGAUCAGGCAGCAAGCCUGAGGCAUUUGGCAGAAAAAAAACCGAUCUGCGCAGAUCUCGGAGAAUCCAAAAUGAUUAGCUCCUUAAAGCUCAACCUCAUCUUAGUGCUGUCGCUGUCCAUGGUACACACGUUUUGGUGUUAUCCGGUUCUCUCUUCCAAGGUGCCUGGGAAGCCUGAUUACUUUCUCAUCUUACUGAGCAGCUGCCCAGCCAGGCUGGAGGGGGGCGAAGGACUAGCUUUCCUAAAGCCAAUUUUGGAGAAGACGUCGAUGAAAAGGUCCUUUCGCAACGGAGUCGGCUCAGGGGUGAAAAAAACUUCAUUUCGAAGAGCAAAGCAAUGAAUAAGUGUGCAAAGGACUCUGGGAAUUAAUCUCAAACUAUGUAGAGUGUGACUGAUGUGCUAAAAAAAACUGUGUAUCUUACAUGGGAUGUUUGCUUUCCUCCUCGUCCUCAGAAAUCCCCCUUCUCCUAACUGGCUCAGAGGAAAUUAAGUUUUUUGGGGAAAAAUACAAAGCUGCCUCAAACUUGCACCAGUGAGUGAAAUAAACGAUGUCUGUGCUUAGCUAGAAAAGUCCCCAAAUGAGGAGGGACUCACUGGCUUUGAUCUUGAAUUGGCCACAAUGUGUGGGCGUUUUCACUGCCGCAUUAGUGUGAUCCUUCCCCUGCUGUCUUACUGAGCUGUGACACCGGGUGCAGCAGAAGGUAUAUGCUAUUUCUCCUUUAAAAUAUGAUUUUCUCAAAUGAUUCAGCUGGGCCAGUUCUUUGGGUUGUGCUGUUUCUGUUUGUAAGAGCCUCGUGACAUUCCAGCAAGAAGAUGAAUGGUGCAGCUCCAUCUCGCAGUUAGUUAAUUGGUACCUGCAACAGAGCUCUCCAGAGCCCUCUGGGUCUGUUUCUACCCCUCCUUUCUCUGAUUCCAAAUAUACAUGAAUA